AGUUCACGCGGGCAAUAGAAGGCGAGAGGAGAGCUGCGCGUGUUGAAAUUUGGAGAAAACAGUUAGAUUAACAUUCAAAAAGAAUAUAAACUUUAAUUUGCAAAUCGAUUUGGUUUAUGAAGAACCGUAGGCUUUGGUGUUGUGUAUAAUGUUGGCACAGGAGAUAGCACCGACGGAAAUUGGCAAGCACGCAAACAUUAUCGGAGCUGCCCAGGAGGAUCUGGCAAACAUGGAUGUUCUCGUGUGUGGACGCUGCCUGAAGGCCUACAACUUUGUCGAGGAGUUUCAGGCGCACAAAGAAGAUGCCUGCGAGAAGGAGAAUGCAAACCUGAAGGACUCGCUGGACACAAAGCCAUCAAUCUGGGCCUUUUCAUUGUGGAAGGCCACACAGUUGCAUGCCCGCAAGGAAUCGAGUACGAGUAACUCGUGGGCCAUGUACCAGCAUUGGGUGAGGCUCGAGGAGAGCGUGAGGGAACCAUGGAUUGUGGCUGGCAAGACCAUACAGUCCUUUGGCAAGAUUGCACAUGGACAGCUGCAGGAUAUGCCAGUGCGCAUUACCAAGACGGUUGUGAAUCCCAACAACAAUAACAACACCUCUAACAGCAACAACAACACAAGCGUAUCGCCAACCAGAAAAUCGCCAGCAAAUAAGCUACCAAUCGUGUCCAACCAGCUGAAAGACAUUGAGAACGAACGGCCCAUAUCCAAGCCAGGAACCCCAACCCUACCAGCAACAACCACUGCAUCGAGUGGUAGUGCUGUCAAACCGAACAAUCGCAUAGCCACCCGUAUUGAUUCCAAGACCGAGCAGCGCACCGAAGAGGCGGUGGAAAAGAUUGUCGCCAAACGCUUCAAUCCGAGACGCAAGACUCACGAGUAUUUGGUUAAAUGGGUGGAUCGUUCGCAUAAUGAGAAUACCUGGGAGGUGAUGUCCAAUCUCGAGAGUGUGCCCUUCUUCUUGCAAAUGUUUGAGAAGCAAUUGGCGCGUCAAAAACUGACCAGAGAGAAGGGGCUGGAUGCCUUGAAGCGUCUGCAGAAUCCAGUGCCCUCAUCGAAAUCUGAUACCACAGCUCCACUCAGUCCAGCCCAGCCGCAGGCACAGGUGUCGCCCACCUCUCGACCAUCGCGCACUUCCAAAACCAAAGCCAUGGAUGCGUUCAAACAAUGGGUGAGCGAUACUGCCGGUGGCGAUGGUUCCUCAUCGCCCUCCUCGGGUAAUGACGAUGAAUCCGCCAACGAGCAGGAAUGGGCAGCCGCCUCGUCAGGUCCUGCCAAACGCAAGCUGAAUCAAACUGAUUCCAGUAUUGAGGAUACCACAGUGAAUGAGUCGGCGGAAAUGGAGGAUCUCGAAGAAGAUCUGCCCGCACACACUGUGAAGCGUUUAAAAAACGGCGGUAGCUCCGUGCAGCAGAGCAAGUCGCGUGUCCAGUCGGCUGAUAGACAGGCGACAUCCAAAAUCAAUGGAAACUCUGCUACGUCCGGAGCGGAAAGCAACAAAAUGGGCGAGAUCAUCUACACGGACGACACCACCAGCUCUGGGAUGUUUCGUAAACCCGAGAUGCCAAACACCCUGCUAUUGAAAAAAGACAAAGUAGAGUGUCCUGUACGCUAUUUGACCCGCUCGGAAAUAGCCAGCAAUAAUACAGGGGUCUUCCGCGUUGAGCACUCGGAGCCGACAGCCCCCGUCACACCAGCAGCCGCCGCACAUAAGACCAGCGCCAGUAGCGCAUCAGCCACGCCUGUGUCAGGAGGAGGCAUAGCCAAGAGAUUGAGCGUGGCACGCCCCGCACACUCCAAUUCCAGUUCGCCUGUGACUGUCAGCCAGCGUCAGCAGGUGAUAAGGCCCCCUGGUCAGGGCGGUCCAAUAACAACGACGGUGCAACGUCGCCCAUUGGGUGGCACACCACAGACACGCGCACAGCUACCGACGAGAGCACAUCCUGGCGGCCGGCCCCUGGCACGCGCUGGCCCUGGAACGCCACAGCAACGGCAUCAAGCGUCGCCAGCAGCUGCCACCAAAGUGGUCACACCGGAGCAGAAGAUCCUGCAGCUGUCCAAGUCUGGAGACUUGAAGGUCACUCGAAAGCUGGUGACCCGGGAAGAACUUAUUGCUCAGCGCCAGGCCCAGGCUCGCCAGCAACGACAUGCCCACGCCCAGCAAUCAUCCCAGUCGCAGCUACAAAAGGUGCUGGCACCAGGGCAACGGCAAAGGAUAGCGCCCAAGCCAACGCCACAGCCCACGCCCCUCCAGUUGGAACUGGAGGAGGAGUUGCACCAGCAUCAGGCCCAGUUGUGCCCCAUCACGGGCAAGCUGAUUGGCCAGGAAGAGUCGCAGCUGCAGGCCGAGCAGGAGCAGAUGCAGGAGGAACAGCGUGAACAGCUGGAGGCAGCGCAUGCGCUUUUGGGCGGUGAUCAGCAGGUGCUGACCAACGAAGACGGUUCUGCACUGCUGGUAAGAGGUGAAGACGGCACCGUCUACCAGGUGGCUGGCAAGAAUGCCGAGGGGCAGACCAUACUGGUUACCCAGGGUCCGGAUGGCGAGCAACAAUUUGCGUAUGUGGCCGCCGCUGAAGGGGACGAUCAGGAUGUGCUUUCGCUAGACCAUGCCGUGGCAGAGGCUGUCCAAGCUGGGGAACAAUCUGCUGCAGCAGCAACAUCCGAUGGCGAGGGAGUAUUUGUCUCCAUGACCGAGGAGGACCUGGCCCAACAUCGGGCAGCUGCACUCCAGCAGGAGAGUUCUGGCACCGGCACGGGAACACCGGUCACAGCUCAAAUUCACAUCACAACCUCCGACAGCGAUGGCACCGAGUCCCAAAUCCCAGCCGAAGUAGUGCAAGCGGAUCUGCCAUCACCUGGGGGCACUCGUCGCGUCGUUUUGCUGCUACAGGAUGGCACUUUUAUGAUGACUGAGAUGAACGAAGAGCAGUUCAAGACCCUCAAUAUCCCGACGUAAAAACAUGUUAAUAGUCUCUUAACCUAGCACUAGGCGUAGCCCCUAAGCCCCGAUAUACAUACUACAUAUAUAGAAUGAGAGAACACGGGCCGUUACACCUGCACGGCUUCGUUUAGGAUAGGACAUUCCCGAGAACACCCACUAAUUAAUGACAUUUGGGGACAUCCCCAGGACUAAACUGCACUUUGGUUUUGUUCCUUUUAUUCUUUUCUUUCAUAUCACGGAUUAUUUGCCAACAAUUUUUAUUGUGGUGACGAAAAACCAUUUGGGGAUUAGCCAAACGAAUAAUUAAGUCAGAAGCUAAGCUGAACGGCAACCAAUAAACAAACGACAAAAUCAUAUACAUAUAGAUAACAUUUGAUCAAUCAAUUGCGGGGGCGACUUAUUAACUAAAGGAAGGAAGGGAUCGGAUGGAAGGGAUUCUAUGAUUUUAUGCUAUUGAAACAGAACCCGACCCAGAGAUAGGCCAAGGCCAUGGUAUUCUUUUUACCAUAAUCCUUAAAAACACCCUAAUUAUAUAGUAAUUAAUUAAUUAAAUUAUAUAUAUAAAUAUAAAUGUGUAAUCGCCUGUUGGAAGGCGAAGGAGAGAGAAAAAUGCAUCGUUUUGCAUUUAAACAGGAAAAUACUCGUCUUAAGAAAUGCUAAAAUAAAAUGUAGACUAUAAUUAACAUUACGAUAGAUGUGAAUUGUAACUUCUAUAAGUCAUUUUAAAAUUUAGAAAUCUAAACAAAAUAUCAUUAUGUGUGGUUUAUUUCAUUUAUUCAUCUGAAAUUUGUGUCCAUGCUACAGAGAUCUAACAGAUAGAAAUCUCUCCGCUAAUGUUUCCAUAAAAGGAACCUCAAAUUCAAUUAAAUAAACCCCCGAUAAC